GUGUAUUUGGAGUUAUGUGUACAUGUGCGCUCCAUGUGGUUUCUGAAAUUUAGCGCACAAACUUUAAUGGUAUUAGGCUACUCACUCGCGGUGCUAAAACCACAGAUGUGUAUGAUAACCGAUGAGUGUCAAACAAAAAAAACAGAAAAACAAAACAAAUAUAUAACAAGAAGCCCUGCGGCUUAAAGAUUUCCCCAAUUAGCAAUAAUCUGAAAAAGAUAAAAAUUGUCACGAUUUGAUAGCUAUAAUACAUUAUCUUUCACCAAAAAUAUUCAGCCUCAACAGUUCCACUUUAAAUUAAAAUUCAUGAAUAAUUAAUUAGUUCUGCUGAAUAUAGCUUUAGUUUACGUGCUUGCAAAAUUGUACAGAGGGAAAUGACGUAAUUAUUAAAAGGAAACGUUAAUAACAACAAAGAUGCGCAUUAUAAGACGAUCUUCAUUAUGCUACACUUUAGAUAGCAUAUAAACUUUAAAAAAGUAUUGUUCAUUGGAUAAUAAAACAAUUUGUUGCACUGUUAGGAUUCUUAUUGGCUUAAAACUCAUUUUAGCCUCCUUCUCAGAAAAAAAUCUGGGGCUCUGAACUGUCUCUAUCUACCUAUCCGUCUCUCUAUCUCCCCAGGCGAUUUUAAAGAUUCCGCCUUCGCCGGCGGAAAUCAAUAACCGAUCACUUCUGGCAGUCAAGGCGUUCCCAUUAAUAAAUACAAAAUAUGCAGUACAUUCAAUAAUAUUUUUAUUUUCAGGCUUCAUAAAUAUCAUCAUCAGUACCACUGUCAAUAUCGGUGUUAAAAUCACUGUCAUUAUCACAGUAGAUCGCUAUCUACGUCAUCACUACCAUCGUUUAAACAUUCCCGCGAUAUGGGUGUAGCUACAACUUGAAGCAAUUAAUAACCAAGUUUGGCCAUGCAAUCGGGUAGUAAUCUCACUUCAACAAAGUGACCACAGCAAACUGUCUUGCUUUCCCGGGGUCGCAUUUUCUUUUUUGUGGUGAAAUCAUUUUUAAAGUUGUUACAUUAUUUGACGUCGGCGUUAUUUCGCAACAUCUCUUACGUCAGUUGGUCUAUAGGUGACGUCAAAUUAUGCCUACGAUAUCAACCAUUUUUCACUUACAAGGGUGAAAAUGGAGUUCCUUCCUGAGAGAUUGUAUUUCAUUUUGGAGUCCAAUUACGAUGAUAUGAAACAACCUGACGAUACAGUUCUAAAUUUAGACGAUUUUUAUCAACAUGUGCGUGUUCGCAAGCAUUUCGGACCUCCAUCAUUAAAAGUGAUAUGGAAGCAUUGUGACGAAGUUGAUUCAAGAUUAAAACAUUGUAGCCGACUAGUUGUUAUUACAAAUGAGCACUUUAUUGAAGUAGUGAAAAAGAUAGGUUUGAAAGUCUUUGAUUCAAUUGAUAGAGAUUGUGGUCCACUUUUAUUUCUAAAAACAGCCAAACCGACAUCCAUAAAAAUUCCAAUAUCAUUAUUGUUAUAUUAUUGUGAAAUCUGUUAUGAAGUCAUAACACAGUCAGCAAGUAAACCAACGUCUACCAAAUACAAACGGUUGUUUGCAUUAUUAGUCUUACUUGUUGAAAACAAAACUGUAUUAUUAAGGCCUCGUACGCGUUCAUCUUCAUAUAAAAAGAACGCUACAGGUCCUGGGUUCGAGAUAACUAUACACUAUAAACCAGCUAAUGUUUUUAUGUAUUUUUUGUUUAGAAAUGAUAAUCUCCAUAUUGAGCAGCGUACCCUCUCCUGCUUCUUGAUGGCUGCAUAUGCUGUGCUAAGAUUAAACUGGGGUGUACAAAAGACCAACAGCGCCCUUCUUGAAAACAUAUUUGCUCGUUUGGCGUUUUUUCGUGAUUACCAUGGUGAUAGCUCGUAUAAAUUGAACAUUUUGGAUUGCUUGAGAGGUCUGGAAACCGGCUGCAAAAUAAAUAAUUGGUUUACGUCAUACGCUGCCACUAAGUUUCCACAAGCAACAAAUUCGCGUUUGGACAUGGAUUGGAUUGUGCCUCGUCAAUUUUUAGCUUUAAAGGAUCCAACUAUUAAACGAGAGAGGGAAAGCAGAGGAGUGUCAAGAUCUUUUUUAAAAGAACUUCGACGGUGUGGAAUUAAAGUGAUUGUUCGUCUUAACGGGAAUGAUCAUAUGACUAAUAUGGAAUAUUACGGGCAUUCCUACAACGCUAUUGAUAUUAAACAGGCGCAUUUCUACCAUUACGAUAUUCCUUUUAAGGAUGUUAGCAUACCAACCAAUGUUCAAGCCAAUCAAUUUGUUACCCUGUGUGAAAGAUUUGGCGGGAAAAUUGCAGUGCAUUGUCAUGCAGGAUUGGGCCGUACAGCGACAAUGAUUGGCUGUUAUUUAAUAAAGCACCAUGGCUUUAAUUCUCGAUCUGUUUGUGGAUGGUUAAAAAUUUGUCGUCGCGGUUCUGUUAUGGGUCCGCAACAUUUUUACUUAGAUAAAUAUGAGAAAUAUCUCCAUAAUGUCAGCAGGUCUUAUGAAGAAACAAAGUCCAUAUUUUCAAAGGUAGAUAGCUCUACAAAUACGGCACAAACCUUGUUGAAGCCGCAAAUUUGUCGAGCACCGAAAAAAAACAAUACCAUCCACAUCGUGCCGUCUAAGCCACGUGUAGCACGCACGAAGGAGUGCAAUCCCAUGUCGAAAAAUAAAGCUGAAUCUUGCAACAACUCAGAACUUUACAAAACAGCUGUUUUAUCAAAACUAAAAGCUUCAAUACAGUCGACAUUGAAGAACGCGGACAUAAAACACGCCUCUCAAAAUAGAUCGAUGACACAUCCCACAGUUGUUAUAACGCGUCCAAAGUCAAACCAUACCCAAUCAAACGUUUCAAGGAAAGUAUCACCCAGAGCGAAAAAGUCACGCAAACGAAUUAUAAAGUCAUGUCCCAUUCGACCAUGUUACAUCAAUUUAACAGAUAUAAACCCAAUCAAAUCAACAGGUCGUGCGAAGAAUCAUCCAAUGAAUAAACGAAUCACAAUGUCACAUGAAACAAUUCGACCAACCGUGUGUUCCAUCGAAGCCGGACAAGUAUUGGAAUCUCGUAGUUGGGGAGACUGGGGAGGAAAAAUGAUAGAUUCGCUUUUUUUACAAAGUAAAACAAAAAUAUAUGGAUUAAUAAACAAUAUAUAUUUAAAGCAAGACAAUUCAUGUUAGAAAUGUAGUUUGGUUUUGAAAUCUUGUCCGUUAACAUUACUGUGCCACGCGCAUGCGGUUUUUAUGUUUCUAUUUUGUAACCUCUGGAGCUAAUU